AAGAAGCCAAAGCAGUGAAGAAAGCAGUAACGAAGACAUCACCAUGCACUUCAGUUAAUGAAAUCCGACACAUAAUGAACUGAUCGUUGUGCCUACAGGCUGUCUUAGUAUUUUAUAUUGCCAUCAGAUCUCUGAACAAUGGAGCUUUCCAGCACACAAAACUGUAUUUUAAAGAGACAAGUUUUUUGUUUGAUUGUCAUAUCUCUAGCUGUGCUUGUCUGCAUGGAUGAGGACUACUAUAGUUUACUUGCUGUAUCCAGAGCGUCUAGUAGUAGAGAAAUUCGACAGGCGUUUAAGAAGCUGGCAUUAAAAUUGCAUCCUGACAAGAAUAAGAAUGAUCCAGAUGCACAUGACAAAUUUCUAAAAAUAAAUCGAGCGUACGAAGUUUUAAAAGAUGACGAUCUCAGAAAAAAAUAUGAUAAAUAUGGGGAAAAGGGUUUAGAAGAUCAACAGCAAGGAGGCCGCUAUGAAAGCUGGAACUUUUACCGAUAUGACUUUGGUAUUUAUGAUGAUGACCCUGAAAUUGUCACGUUGGAUAGAGGAGAAUUUGAUGGGGCUGUAAAUUCUGGAGAAUUGUGGUUCAUUAAUUUCUAUUCGCCUCGCUGUUCCCAUUGCCAUGAUCUAGCUCCUACAUGGAGAGAGUUUGCCAAAGAGAUGGAAGGUCUUAUUCGCAUUGGAGCAGUAAAUUGCGGAGACGACCGCAUGCUUUGCAGAGGCCAAGGAAUUAAUAGUUAUCCAAGUCUCUACAUUUUUAAAGCUGGAAUGAAUCCAGUCAAAUACUUUGGUGAUCGGUUAACAGAUGAUUUGGUUAAUUUUGCUAUGAAUUACGUGUCAAGCUCUGUAACAGAGUUAUGGGCAGGAAAUUUCAGAAGCUCAAUUGAACGUUCGUUUGCCUCAGGUGUUGGUUGGCUCAUUACAUUCUGUGCUGACAGCGGAGAUUGCCUGUCUUCACAAACACGUCUAAAGCUUGCAGGAAUGCUUGAAGGAUUGGUCAGUGUGGGAUGGAUGGAUUGUACUAUUCAAGCCGAUCUCUGUGAAAAUUUAGAAAUCACAUCAAGCACAACAGCCUAUUUCCCUCCUGGGGUCAUUCUGCCGCACAAAAAUAAAGACAACAUUUUGUUCUUCAGUUCAUUAGAUACAAGAGAAAUCUACAAAGAGUUGAUGGAACACCUUCCUGACCUGGAAAUGCUUUCUACAGAGUCCUUAAAGGACAGGUUAACCUAUCACCGUUGGCUUGUGUUCUUUAGCUAUGGAAAGGAUGAACAGUUCUACCAGCCUGUAUUUAAGAAGCUGGCAGUAAUACUCCGUGAUGACCAUAUUCAGGUGGGACGAUUUGACUGCCAGUCCAGCCCAACAACCUGCAAGUCUUUAUAUAUUAACAAGCCUUGUGUGGUAGCAUUUAAGGGGAAAGGCAUUGAUGAAUUUGAAUUUCACCAUGGUAAAGUAAACCUUUAUGAUCUAGUUGCCUUCACGAAGGAGAGUGUAACUUCUCAUGUUGUUACUCUUGGACCUCAGAACUUUCCUGAGAAUGACAGACAGCCGUGGCUGGUGGACUUCUUUGCACCUUGGUGUCCUCCGUGCAGAGCUUUACUUCCAGAAUUGAGAAAAGCCUCCAAAAGAAUGUUUGGCCAUGUCAGAUUCGGGACACUGGACUGUACAAUCCAUGAAGGCCUGUGUAACACGUAUAACAUUAGAGCUUAUCCUACCACCGUCAUUUUCAACCAGUCCAAUAUUCAUGAGUAUGGGGGACAUCAUAGUGCUGAGGAGAUCUUGGAAUUCAUUGAGGAUCUUCGACAUCCUUCAGUUGUCACUCUCACACCAGCAAAUUUUAAGGAACUGGUAAAAGAACGAAGUAGAGAUGAAAUCUGGUUGGUGGAUUAUUAUGCUCCUUGGUGUGGACCAUGUCAAGCACUGAUGCCUGAAUGGAAACGUUUGGCACGGCAUGUAAGUGGAUUGAUCAGUGUUGGAAGUGUUGACUGUCAGAAAUAUAGCUCUCUCUGCAGCAAAGAAUAUGUCAACUCCUACCCUGAGAUCAGGCUCUAUCCAGCAAAUCGGGACAAUCCUCAUUAUUAUUUUGCCUACAAUGGCUGGCAGAGAGAUGCAUACUCACUGAAGACCUGGGCACUUACAUAUCUGCCUAAAAUGACUAUUGACCUUACAUCUGAAACCUUUGAUAAGAAGGUGCUGAGUGGAGAAGAUCACUGGCUUAUAGAUUUCUAUGCUCCAUGGUGUGGCCCGUGUCGAAGCUUUGCUCCAGAAUAUGAAUUUGUGGCUCGGCUUCUUAAAGGGAAGGUAAAGGCUGGAAAAGUGGACUGUCAAGAGUAUGGAUAUAUCUGCCAAAAGGCUGGCAUCAGAGCCUAUCCAACUGUGAAAUUCUACCCUUAUGUGGGGUCUAAAAAGAAAAAUGUUGAAGGUGAAUAUCUAGACUCCAGAGAUGCCAAUGAUAUAGUGAAGAUAGUGACGGCAAGGAUAGGAUUUAUUAAAAGUCAGCAAAAAGCACAUCAGAAGGAUGAAUUGUGAUGGGUACCAGCAAAUCAUAUCAAAGCAAAUG